AUGGGCCACCCCGACGAGAUCAAUGCCCUUGAGGCACAGCCCAGCUACUACGAUGACUCUAAGGUCGAGACGAUUGAUGAGCCCGUUCAGCUCAAGAGGGAGCUCAAGGCUCGUCACAUUUCUAUGAUUGCCAUUGGUGGUGCGAUUGGUACUGGAUUGAUUGUUGGAACUGGUAGUGCAUUGACAGCCGGACCGGGUUCUUUGCUUAUUGCAUACUGCUUUAUGGGUCUCAUCGUUUGGACCGUCAUGUGCGGACUGGGUGAAAUGGCCGCCUGGCUCCCCUUGUCUUCUGGUUUCACUGGUUACGCUGGCCGUUUCUGUGAUCCUGCUCUUGGUUUUACUCUUGGAUGGUGCUAUUACCUUAAAUAUAUCAUUCUUCCGCCCACACAACUUACUGCAGCCGCCCUGGUCAUCACAUACUGGCCUCAAGUAUCAGCCGACAAGGUCAAUCCAGGCGUAUGGAUUGCCAUCUUCAUGGUGGCAAUUAUCGUGAUCAACUAUUUCGGUGUGAAGGUUUUUGGUGAAUUGGAAUUCUGGCUUUCAGCUUUCAAGAUCAUUGUCAUCCUGGGAAUCAUCCUGACCUCUUUCAUCUUCGCACUUGGCGGUGGUCCCGACCACGACAGAAGAGGUUUCAGGUACUGGAAAAGCCCGGGUGCCUUCAAUCACAAAUAUGUCGAGGGAGACCUCGGCAAGUUCCUUGCGUUCUGGUCGACCAUGGUGCAGGCCACCUUUGCCUUCCUCGGUACUGAACUUAUUGGUGUGACCGUUGGCGAGGCCCAGAACCCCCGAAAGACCAUUCCCAAGGCCAUCAAGCUCACCUUCUGGCGAAUCGUCGUGUUCUACAUUCUCAGUGUUCUCUUCGUUGGCAUGUUGGUUCCUUAUGACUCCCAGGACUUGGCUUUCGCUACCAAGGCCAAGAGCUCUGCUGCUGCAUCGCCAUUUGUGGUUGCUAUGAAGCAGGUCGCUGCUCUCCCCCAUAUCAUCAACGCUUGCAUUCUCGUGUUCGUCCUGUCUGCUGCCAACUCGGAUCUAUACAUUGCGACUCGAACUCUGUAUGGUCUCGCUCGCGAGAAGAAAGCUCCGGCAAUCUUUGCCCGCACCAACGUUGCUGGUGUCCCCAUUUACUCUCUGGCGCUGUCCGCGUCAUUCUGCCUUCUUGCCUUCAUGAGUGUCUCCAAGGGCUCCAAGGAAGUGUUUGGAUACUUCACCGACAUGGUCUCUAUCUUCGGAUUGUUGACCUGGAUCUCACUCCUCAUCACUCACAUUUUCUUCAUCCGUGCCCGACGCGCACAGGGCGUCGACGAGAAGACUAUCCCCUACCAAGCCCCACUCGGAAUCAUCGGUUCCAGCAUUGCGCUCUUUUUCUGCGUUCUCGUGGCUUUCACGCGCAGCUUUGGCGUGUUCAUUCACAACUCUGCCACCUAUGGCAGCUUCGACUAUAAGACUUUCAUCACCUCCUAUAUUGGAAUUCCUCUAUACGUCAUGGCAUUCACUGGCUGGAAGUUCUGGAAGAAGACCGAGAUCAUCAAGCCUCACAAUGCCGAUAUUUGGACUGGAAAGGCCGAGAUCGAUCGUGAAGAGGCCGAGUUUGAAGCCAUGGCUGUUAUUGAGAACCAAAACAUGUCGGGAUGGAAGAAGAUUUAUACAAAGGGCUUCUCAUGGCUCUUCUAG